AUGACAAAGGUUCAGUGCACAAUUUUGGUCCUUCUCUGGACAUUGGCCAGGUCAGAAGAGGUGGCAGAUUCAUGGAUGGAGGCGGACGGCGCCUGCAACCUGCAAACCAGGAUGCAGCAGACCGAGGAAAACUAUGUGUCAAACUUGGUCGACCAGUUCCUUGAGGCACCACUGCCGUCUCCAAACCGCAACCUUACCAGCGAGAACCCGUUGAUCUUCCUGCAUCAAGCCCGCGCAGCGGGCACCUCCAUCCGAAAGCUGAUCUCCAACUCCUCCAGGAACUUGGGCUUGAAGGCCCAUAUCCCAUGUUAUGGUGGCGUGGGCUGCAACGAUCUUCGCUUGGAGGGGGAGGCGGCGGUCUAUGCUGGAAAUUUCUGCUGGGCAGACGCGCACCGCAGCCUUCAAGAGAAGGGAGCCAAGCAGGUUGGUUGCCUCACGAGCUUCCGUGAGCCCGUACCACGCAUCAUGUCUUGCUACUCCGACCGCUUGGUGGGCUCCGAGCACGUCGCCCCUGCUUGCAUGGCGGAUCUCCCCGCCGAGCAGUUGAAGCGUCUGUUGGUGGAGCGCGGCUGCGUCAAUGAGCCUUUCAGGAGGUUCAGCGAGUGCCAACCAAAUUCAACCGUGAGCAUGGACGACCCGAAGGGGCGCCAAUCCGCAUGGCAAAACACCCUGGACUACAUGUCCCAAUGUGUGCCGAUCAUUGUGGGCAGACAAGUCUCGCUGAAGGUUGCUGCCAACUAUUUUCCACAGCUUGCCGAUGCAAUCUGGGAUAUGAAGUCGCUGGCAGUCAACAGGAAUACGCACUACCUGAAUCAGGGCGAAUGUCGUGUUCCAGAUACGCACAUGGAGGUCAUCAAGCAGCUGGCGCAGCCGGAGACAGUGCUUUACGAGGCGGCGGUGAAGCGAAUGUGGCAGCUCAUGCUGAAGCUCUGA